AUGAUCUUUACACCUCAUUGCAUUGAUCCAAUAAACCAGAAGCAGCAGAUCCUUCCAACCAAGAAACCAUUAAUUGUGAUUUUGAUGUCAACUGGUGUGGAUGGAGCAACGUUCCAAAUGCUGGGCCAGAUGAUAAGCUGGACUGGCAAAGACGCCGGUCAGGAACACCAACCCGUGGGACAGGCCCAAGAGCUGACCAUACUACAGACUCAUUUAAUGGGCAUUAUUUGUACUUCGAGUCAUCUUCUGGAUCUCUCGGGUUCAACGCCCUGCUUCGUUCUGUCCAAAUCUCUGCCACACCUAAUGGUGCCUGCUUUCAAUUCUGGCUACACAUGUAUGGACAAACUAUGGAUCUAUUCAGAAAGUCCUGAUGGCUAUCAAGAAAGACGAUGGAAGCAAACUGGGACACUCCGUGAUGAAUGGGUUUACAGGCAAAUAGAUAUUGUAGCUGAUUACCAUUAUCAGCUCAUCUUUAAUGCCAUCCGUGGAGUUGGUGAUUUGGGUGAUAUCGCUAUUGAUGAUGUUUUCUUUGAUCCAACUGCAGGCUGUAAAGCUCUCAAAAAGUGUUCGUUUGAGACAGGCUUCUGUGGUUGGUCUCAAGAGAAGAUUCAAGAUGAUUUUGAUUGGUCUAGGAGCCGUGGUAGAGAACACAAGGACAUUCCUGUGGAUAAAACAGUUGGGGUUGAUACAGGUUACUAUGCCUGGGUUAACACCACUGCUCACCCUGUGAAUGGGGAUAGCGCCAUCCUCUUCAGCCCGACAUAUGUUCUUACCUCUGUACCACACUGUCUUCGGUUUUUCUACUACCAUGAUGGAAUCGGUGCACUGACCAUCCAUUCUCGCCGUUCUGGGUCGUACUCUAAUGCACUCUGGGUGGCGCCCCCUGUAGGCUACAAAGGAUGGAGGUUCGGCAGCAGUACUGUGACCGAUUUGUACAGCUUUGAGGCUGCUUUUAAGGGAACUGUUGGCUCCACCCCUGGUUCUGUUAUGGCAAUCGAUGAAGUACGAAUCGAUGUAGGGGCAUGUCCUCCACCAGGCUUCUGCACCUUUGAAGAGCCAUUUUAUGAUUGGUUCAAUAUUGAUACUGACAAAAUGGAUUGGACCAUAUACUUUGGUAGAACACCAAGCAGCAACACCGGUCCUUCGAAUGAUCACACACUAGGAACCUCGCAGGGUCAUUAUGCAUACAUCGAGACAUCAAGUUCACCCAACAAGUAUAAUGCUAUUCUACAGUCCAUUGACUUUACUCCACGGAUUGAGGGCUGUUUCUCAUUCUGGUAUCACAUGUAUGGUAAAGAGAUGGGAACCCUCAACGUGCAUCUUCUAGAAGUGCAGUCUGGGAAACGGAGUGUGAUCUGGACAAAAACCGGUGAACAGGGCAACUUUUGGAUCUCAGCUGAGAUUGAGGUGUCAGUUGGUGUCUAUCAUAUCAUUGAAUUUGAAGGCAUUGACGGUAUCAGUUUUACCGGAGACAUCGCAUUGGAUGAUAUCAAGUAUACCGAGCAUAGCUGCCAAUAUGUCCCUCCCCCUACACCUACACCCACCCGUCCUGUUACCUCGGCUCCGCUUCCAUGGGACUGUAACUUUGAGGGCGGUACGUUCUGCUCCUGGAUGCAGGGAUCAGACGAUGAUUUUGAUUGGGCAAUUCAAACUGGCAGCACACCAACUGUUGGAACAGGACCCCCUGCAGAUCACACAACUCAAACAAAAGACGGUUCCUACAUAGCAAUUGAUGCUAGUUCUACCAGUGCCGAUGAUGUAGCUCGUCUCUAUAGCAACAGCAUCCCUGUAGGAAAUCAUAUGUGUAUGACAUUCUGGUAUCACAUGUAUGGGGCUCACGUGGGUACGUUGAAUGUUGGAUAUGGAAACACAGAUGGCAACACAGAAGGCCCAGUCAUCUGGACCAAGUCUGGAGACCAGAGUUAUGACUGGAUAGUUGGCCAUGUGGCCAUCACCACGACUGUGAAAACCCCUAAGGUAUACCUGGAAGGCACAGCUGGAAAGGGUUACCAAGGGGAUAUUUCUAUUGAUGAUAUCAUGUUUAGCUAUGGAGACUGCCCAGCGUUACUAUUUUGUGAUUUCCAGUCGGAUGAUGCGUGUGGAUAUGCCAAUGAUGACACAGAUCAGCUGGACUGGACCAGGGAUCGCGGGAUGGUUCCAGGGCCUUCUACUGAUCAUACGUCAGGGACCACUAAUGGUUUUUAUAUGCAAAUUGUGACUGGGCAUCUGACAAAAGUUGGAGACAGUGGAACAUUGAUAUCCUCCGUAUAUCCUAUUCCGCUAAGUGGUUUUAGAUGUACUGAGUUCUGGUACAUGAUCAGCGAUGACUUUGGAGACCUAACAGUGGAAGCCUACCAAAUAGACCCAUUAGGAGUUAUCUUACCAACUGGAAUAUCAAUAUCUUUUAUGGAGCCAACGGGUGGUCUUUGGCGCAAAGCAUCGAUAGAAGUAGCUUCCAAGAAUGACAAUGUUUUCACCUUCAAGCUGGCUGUCAAGAAGGCUGUUUCAGGUGUCUUUGCCGCACUUGAUGAUAUCUUUGUCAAAGAUCAGCAGUGUACAGGACAACUAGGGUCAUGUGACUUUGAGGUUGACACCUGUGAUUGGACAAACACCCAGAAUGCUGAUGAGAUUGAUUGGCUACGGCAUAGUGGUUCUACGGGUGCCCCAGACACUGGCCCGACCUUUGACCACACCACGGGCACCCCAUCAGGGUGGUAUAUGUACCUGGACUCCACGCUUGGUACCUAUGGGAGCAGGGCAAGACUGGAGUCUUCGAGCCUAGAUCCUCCAGAGGACUUUGUCUGCUUCAGUCUGUGGUAUCAUAUGACCUGCAGUGAUGACAGUAAAAACAAGCUGACAGUAGCCUGGGAAACUGCAUACCAGACCAACAUUAUCUGGUCUUUCACUGGCGUUGCUGAAGAUGAAUGGAACUUUAGACAAUUAACAUUCAGUAUCAGCAGGCAGUAUAGAAUAAUGAUAGAGGGAGUGCUUGCCGAUACUGCAGCCUGUGAUAUUGCUAUCGAUGACUUGUACCUCUUCAACGGUGCUUGCAGUGCUGACACCACCCCUCCUCCACCGUUCACUUGUCAGACGGGAGACGAGAAAGUAGAUCCUAGCAAGGUUUGUGAUAUGAGACCCGACUGCACCGAUGAGUCUGAUGAGAAGAACUGUGGAACCUGCGCAUUUGAGGAACCCGAUGACCAGUGCGGUUAUACCAGCGAUCCAGCAGGCCUGCUACCGUGGAUACCGCAGGGAGUGGGAGUCUCCCCCACCCCAGCUACCAACCUUCCCUUACCUUCUUUGUUCAUCAAUAAUACAUACAUGAUAGUAGAUAGGACGGCCGUUCCUGUAGUGGGUGGAGAUUAUCCUCGUCUUGUAAGCCCUUGGAUACAGGAGGCUGGAUCCAACUGUCUCCUUGUCUUCUGGUAUUAUCUUGCUGGUGCAGAUGACAUCAUUGUCACAUAUAAGACUUCUCCUUCUGAAGAAACCAUUAUGUACCGGGCUGAUAUUCCAAUAAGUGGAUCUUGGCAGCAAGCAAUUCUAACCGUACAGCGGAUAAGAAGGCCCUUCCAGAUCAAUUUCCUUGGACUGCUGGACUAUAGCACCGAGGGAGGCAUUAUAGCUGUCACCGAUAUUGAACUCACCCUCUGUGGUUUCCCAGAGCCACAGACGUCUUGCAAGGACGGAGAGUUCACAUGUUCCAACAGAGCUUGCAUCAGCAUGCCUCUGGUCUGUAACUUUGCGGAUGAUUGUGGAGACUUCUCGGACGAGUUGCAGUGUGACCCAGACACCUACCCAGGUCGAUGUGACUUUGAGUCCAGCAUGUGUUCUUACACAAACAUCCCCGCUGACUACGCAUGGGUGCGAACGUCUGGAGCGCUUACCAAGAAUGUGAAGUACGCACCUACUCGGGAUCAUACCACCAACGACGUAGGGGGCGGUUAUUUGCUGGCAGAUCCAGUGGGAACAAAACCUGGGGAUGUAGCAAGGAUCUCAUCACCCGUCUUUCAACCAACUGGUCAGACAUCCUCUUGUAUGAUUUCUAUGUCAGUAUUUCUGCAUGGACCUGAUGCGUGUGUUCUGAACAUAUACACAAGGACCUCCAUAGGGGGUCUACUUACCCUGCUCUAUAGAAUACCUACACUUGAUAUGGAUUGGUUUGGAAAGUACAAUCAAAUCAUCACUGUACUUGACAGAUUCCAGGUAGUCAUAGAGGCAGUUACUGGUGGAGGACCUAACGGAGCCAUCGCCAUCGAUGACAUUGUGUUUUCAAACUGUGACCUCUCUAACGAUCCUCUUCCGGCGGGCGUGACACCUCCUCCACCGACCACCCCGCUCCCCUGCCCAAUUGCCACGGAUUACCAAUGUGGAGAUGGACAGUGUAUACCCAUGGAUCAACUGUGUGACUUCAUCACACAGUGUGCAAAUGGAAGGGAUGAACAAAGCUGUGGUGCAUGUGAGUUUGAUGAUAAUGGGUUCUGUGGAUCUCAGGUGAUAGGCUGGCUCCCUCAAGAAGCUGGAUCAUUCGUCAAUCACCUUCCUGCAGACCACUGGAAUAGUAUAACAGAACCUGGGUUCUACCUGGAGGGCCACUUUGGAAUCAAUCGUCUGACUACCCCUCCUGUUGGACCAACAAGUAAUCUCUGUUAUAUUAACUUCUAUUACUACAUGGCUAGUUCAUCCGAUGACCUAGAACUGCGUGUCCAUGUUAAGAAUGGCCCUGAGCUCUAUGUAGUGACAGCAACCAACACCCCACAAAGAUGGGAGGCUGUUAGUGCCUUUGUAGGAGAGUUCAAGCAGAAAGUUCAGCUGACAUUUGAACAUAUUUAUCUAGACAGUACAAACCCUACUGCAUUGACCAUAGCCUUAGAUGGCAUUGGCUAUUCCAAUUGUGUCGGUCAGCCCUCUAUUUCUACAGAUAUAAGCUGUACAUUUGAAGAUGGUCUAUGUGGCUACAUUCAAGGCUCCAGUCCUGAUGAGGAUGAUUUUGAUUGGACUAGGACUAGAGGAGAAACAUCGUCAGAUAACACUGGACCAAGAUUCGAUCACACCACGGGGUCAGGUAUAAAUACAUAG